GAAAGCAGGGUUUUGGGGUUUUCUCCAAUCUUUUUCAAUUUGAAGGGAGCAUUUUCCCUGGAUCUAAGGGAUGGCAAAUUUAAUUGGUACUGGACGUCUCGGAAAUUGCCCGGAGGCUCCUGAGGAUAAAGCUGUUGGAAAUGAUGCGGUCGCCCCAUGACCCCUUUCUUUGGGGAGCUGCUUCUGAGCGUGCAAGUGGGGAGACGAGCUUCUUUCUUGACCACGGGGAAGCGUUGACACUCCAAAGAAGUUUUCAGAGGAGUCCGGGGAAGAAGCAUCCUCCCUGGAAAGCGAGAAAUGGGUGAAGGUUGGGAAAGAAACCCAACGCGAAGGAACGGCAGAGGGGUGCAGCCCGCUCAGUCAUGCCAGAACUGCUGUUUUGGGCAGAGCUGCAGCUGGGCAGGGGCACCCGCACCCACGGCUGGGUGGCCGGUGGACCUGUGAGCCCUGUUUCUGCCUGUAAGGGGUCUGGCAGGGCUCUGCCUGCACGGCAGGGAAAGCUGGCAGGGUGUAGCGUGCGGCUUGCCAGAGCGGGCUGCGUGCGGCUCGGCUCUGGACUCCGGCCGUGCUGCAGAGCAGAGCCACCGCGCUCGGGUCUCUUAUCUACCCUUGCAAGUCUCCCCAGUUAUCUGCUCCCUUUCCCCUUCUGCGGGCAAGGCUUUUAUCUUAUCUCCACGCUCUCUUCCUCCAUUUCCUUCUUUGCUUCUCUGCUAAUUUUUGCCACAAAAAGAAAAAAAACCACGGGGGGGUGAAGAACAGACACGAGAUCCUACUGCAGGAAGUCCAUCCAUGGGCUUAGGGGACGCUGGGUGAUGUAUGGCCAUGCUGGGAGGAUGCUGGGUGAUGUUUGGCCAUGCCGGGAGGAUGCUGGGUGACGUUUGGCCAUGCUGGGAGGAUGCUGGGUGACGUAUGGCCAUGCUGGGAGGAUGCUGGGUGACAUUUGGCCAUGCCGGGAGGAUGCUGGGUGACGUUUGGGCAUGCUAGAAAGAUGCUGGGUGAUGUUUGGUCAUGCUUGGGAGAUGCUGGGUGAUGUUUGAUCAUGCUGGGAGGAUGCUGGGUGACGUAUGGCCAUGCUGGGAGGAUGCUGGGUGACGUAUGGCCAUGCUGGGAGGAUGCUGGGUGACAUUUGGCCGUGCUUGGGAGAUGCUGGGUGAUGUUUGGCCAUACUUGGGAGAUGCUGGGUGAUGUUUGGCCGUGCUGGGAGGAUGCUGAACCGUGGUCCAGCAAUGCUCAGGCGCGUCUUGGGGCUCUCUUGGGUGAUGUACACGAUGCUUAGGUGAUGCUGGGGGAAUACUGGAUGAAGGUCCAGUGAUGCUCUUGGGGCCCAAGCAAUGCGCAAGUGUCUCAGUGGGAUGCUCAGGAGAUGCUGGGCAGUACUGGGAGGAUGCUGGGUGAUGCCAGGAGAUACUGGGGCGAUACUUGCACUGCUCAGGGGAUGCGGGGUGAUGCCCGGGAAGGCUGAGAGAUGCUGGGACGGUCUGCCAGCUCCACCUGCUGGCAUGCACCGCCUGACACUGCAGACCAGCACCCAGGUCCCACCUCAGCACCAGCCCAAAAUCAGACGAGACCAUAAGGAAGAAGGUCCCCCUGAGCUGCAGGCUGCUGCCUUGGGGGAAAAGUCUCAAAUUAGCUUGGAAUUUCACCUUCAUCUGAGCCGACCCGGCUUUGCUCCCUGCUGCCUGCAACAGACCCUCGCUGGGGCUUUGAAAGCAAAGCAGCGAGAGCUUUUCAGGGCUUUUCCAAGGAGACGAAGGGAGGAAUGCUCAGCCAGCCUACCAGGAUCCUCCCCCGCCGGCUUCAGGCUCCCAUCCUGGCUUAGUGCAGGGCUGCCCCAGCCAGCACCGAGGGAGGGGAGCGCCUGACCGGAUCCCUAGCUUCCACGCUGAGGAUCAAAUGUUGCUUCUCAGUUGGGGUGGGCUGGCUUUUUUUAGGAUCUCUGCCAGGUGCCGGGAGGAUGGGAGAAGGGAAGCGAGUGCCUGUUGCCCUUGGCAGAGGCCGACUGUGAGACGAGCAGGGCUUCCCACAGAUCCCCUCUCCUUUAGCCUUCCAGCGUGAUGUUGAGCACGAAUAAGGAAAAGCUGCACGUUAGAACCAACAUGCUUUCUCCAGCCAGGGCGUGGGCAAGAAAGGCCAGCUCACCUCUCCCAUCGCACGUCCUGGUCGGGACACCGGCAGCAAGGUAUAAAUGGCCUCGAAACGGCAUUUGGAGUCUCUGGACCCCACGAUUUUCAACAAGCUACCUCGGCUGGAAACGGAGCCCGCCGCCAGCUUCCCCGCUGGCCUUUGCAAAUCCAGCCCCGUGCCCAACCCCAGCUCCGAAAACCAUUUCAACUACAAGGGCUCCUACUUCGCCUGCCCGCUGCAAAGCCCCGAUGGCCCCGAGCAGCCCCUGGCACGCUGGAGCCCGGCGACCGCCUACCUGCACUAUGGCACCGGUGCCGGCAGCCAGCCCGUGCCGGCGGAGGGGCCGCUGGUGAGCUGCCUGCUGUACCGACCCGAGGGCCCGGGGACCGGGCUGCAGCCCCCGGGCGCCGAAAAGGCCAAGGACCGUCCAACGCGGGAGCCGCUGAUGGUGAGGGAGAAGUGGUCCAGCCCGCCGCCAGCUCCGGGACACCCCUUCCCGGUGAAGAAGCCGGUGGUGGUGAACAAGGCGGCCCCCCUGGCUGUCCCCAAGCCGGUGUACAGAGCCCCUGCGUGCUUUAUGGACCCCAGGAUGGCUCUGCCGCUGGGACCCCCGGGCGGAGAGCCUGCGGCAGAGACCGGGGGAUGCAGACUGGGCUCUGCCCGCUGCCGCCCCUGCCAGCCACCCUCUCCACCCUGGAGAGCCCCGCGGCGGCACCGGGCUGCACAAGAGGGGUCCCCGCUCCAACCCUGGCCUCCCACCGCUGCACCCCAGCCUGGCGCUGCCCGCCAAGGAGAAGGUGGGCUCCCCCGUGCCUUCUCCCCCUACUAUGCCGCCUUUGAGAAAUACAGGGGCCCCCCCGGCAACCCCUUCCUGGAAGCCAGCUGCCCUACCACCCACAGCCAGAGGAAGGUGCCCGAGGCCUCCAGCCUCAGCCCGGACCCCUGGGCCAAGCUCCAGCCACCCACCGCCAGCCCGGUGUACCGGGAAAGACCGCCGGUGUGCUACCCGCACACCCACUACCCGCUGCCCCUCCAUAAAGCUGCCCUCCUCUACCACCCCCCGGCUCCCACCAUGGAGGCACAGCCCAGCGCCCUGCCUGGCGCCUACAAAGGUUUCGGCUUUGCGGGAAGCGGGGAGCCCUUUCCCGGCUCUUACCUUAAGCCUCAAGCCCCAAGGAGCUACUUUCCCAGCCCCUUGGACACCUACGUGCCGAGGGCGGCCGGCACCGGCGCGGCGGCAUCGCCACCCGCCAAGUCGGUGGUGCUGCCGAGGGACGCCGAGCCGCCGCGGCGAGCUGGCUACGUGCCGGGCCCCGGCUUUGCCUUCAGCCCCGGCGACGUGACCGUAUUCGGUACCUCUUUUGCCGGCAUGGAGCCGGGCUGCGAGUGGCACCGGGUGGAAAGUCCCCAGCAGCGAGUGGCAGUGAGGCACGAUGGUGCUUUCCAACCCAUCUGUGCCCCAGAGAAGGUGCCCGGGGGCUCCGGGGGGCUCGCAGAGAUGUUUUUCAAAGGAGAAGGGGGCUGGGUGAAACCCAGCCAGGGGGAGCAGGAGCCCCCUUACCCGGGGAGGAGGAGGGCCAGCCCGGCCCCCCAGGAGACCCCCCAUGGGGGACCUCCAGCUCCCAUCAUCGUAGGGAAGGGAGAUGCCUGCAAGGUCAAGGAUGCAGCCAAAGAGCUUGUCCCCCUUUCUCCGCCCGCCUCCCCCCCGCAGGGACUGAAAGACCCGAGGGACAGCGAGGUUUCUUCUUCCUCCCCACCCAUGCCGGUGAUCAACAACGUCUUCAGCCUGGCACCUUACCGAGACUACCUGGAGGGGACCGAGGGCUCAGCCCCGGUCCCCUUCUGCAGGGACCAUCUGCGGGGGGACACCCCACCCCAAAACAUGGGGGGCAGCCGGGAGCCCUCUGCCCUCAGAGACGUUUUGGUGAUGUCCAGCCUGCUGCCCGCGGGGUCGGUGGCCAGCUGGGGGCUGAAGACGGGCAGCGGUGCGGUCCAGAGCCCAGGGGAAAGCUGUUACAGAAGGGUCCCCGAAGAGCCAAGGCUUGUGCUCCGAGACCCAGGGUCUCAGGAGGGCAGCCCUGAUGGGGUGGGGAGUGGGCAGCCGGCCCCCGAGGACAUGGUGCUGGACCUCAGCUUGAAGAGAAAGCAAGCCGGGGAGACCCGGGGACCCGUCAGCCGUGCGGAGGGGACGCCGGACGAGGAGGAGGUGGAGGAGGAGAAAGAGGGUCCUGGGGGGGAGGUGGGGGUGGAAGAGGGGGCCAAGCCCCAGGCGCUGCCCUUGCUGCUCGAGGUGGCCUCUGGGGACAAGAGCAACUUCCAGAGCUCGGCCACCUUCAUGUUCAAAAAAUACAAGAUCCUGCGCUCCCUCCUGCCCGGCGCCGUGCCCCCCCGGCAGGCCGGCAGCCCCUGCGCCCCCCAGCUGAGCCCGCCACCGCCGCCGCCCCCCCCCCAGCAGCAUCCCAGCCCACCUCCGCGGACCCCCCCCACCUCCCCGCCGGCCAGCAGCCCCCCGGCCCCGCAGCCCGGUCCCCAGCCCAGCACCUCCGCUCUGCAGGAGGCUCGCCCGGACCCGCAGCAGCCCCCGCUGCCCGAAGCCCCCCAAGCCACGGGAGAGGAGAACGUCUCGCUUUCCGGGCAGCUGGAGGCCCUGGACCCGCAGACCUCCGCCGAUCAGUAUUUCACCACCCUGCACACCUGGCUCUGCGAUGUUAUUUCGUGCUCGGUGUCCAAGUCCUCCCCAGAGCUCCUGCAGGAGUGGUUGAAGAAGGCAGAGCUGGUGGAGGAGCUGGGUGAGAUGCCCAAAUCCCCCUCCAAACCCAAGAACGGCUCCAGGAUCCCCGAACCUCAGAAGGUCACCAAAGGCAAGGAGAUCUGGCUGGCUUUCCAGGACGUGGCCGCUCUCCUCGCCAACCUGCUCUCUCAGCUGCAGACCUUCAUGUUCGCUCGCAAGUGUCCUUUCCCCCACGUAGUCCGGGCAGGGGCCGUCUUCAUCCCCAUCCACGUGGUGAAGAAGAAGCUCUUCCCCAAGCUUCCUGGGGCCUCCGUUGACCAAGUCCUGCAGGAGCACAAGGUGGAGCUGCGCCCCACCACGCUCUCGGAGGAGAGGCACUUGCGGGACCUGGAGCUGAAGAGCUGCACCUCCCGCAUGCUGAAGCUCCUCGCGCUCAAGCAGCUCCCCGACAUCUACCCGGACCUGCUGAACCUCCACUGGCACAACUCCAUCAGGCAGCAGCUCGGUAGCCCUGGUGUGGAGGCGCUGAAAGCUGAUGGCAAAGCAAUAGCCACGGAUAGCAUGAAGAAAAAGGACGCACGAAGCAACGUGCCAAGGGCAACAGCUGAACCGCAUGCCCGUGAGGAUGGGAAAAGGAAGGUCCCCCUCGUCCCCAGAGCAGGGUCCUCUCCCGGCAGCGACACGGCUGCCAAGAUGAAGGAGGCCGUCACCAGCAGACCUGCAGGGAGAUGCUCGGCUCUCACUGGCGGGGCGGCUGCGCCUGAGGAUGGGGACAGAUCCUGCCGGGACGCUGGUGCCUGGAGGCCAUCGGUACCCGCGGGGACCCUCCGAGGACGAUGCUCGGGGUGGAAAACAGUGACAGGGACGCAUGGUCCAGGGCCAUGAGCAGGGAUGGCUGGUAUGGUACCCUGGCCCAUGGGGAUGGGCUCGAGCCCCUCGCAGCAGCUGGAGCUGCAUUUCUUCUAAUGCAUCGUCUUUUAGCGCAUCUCCCACCUCCAUCCACAACCAGCCAGGCUGCAGCCAGUGAACUGGGAGGGAAGGGCUGGAGUUCCAGCAGAGCUGGAGGGCUGAAGCAGUGUUUGUACCCGCAAGAGCAGUAUGGAAAUGGCCACACCAGCGUUCUCAGCCUUGGAGAAAGGCUGGCUACUGCAGGGAUGAUUCACCACAUCCCCUCCUCUCUCCUCUAACUCACCUCUUCUGCUUUAUACAUGCCGUUCCCGCUAAACAUACCUUCCUCCUGGUUUUUAAUCUUUGAAGUGCUACGGAGACUUAAGGCAACGUUAAGGGUCAAGGGAAUCGCAACUUCUGUAGUCACCGGACUGACUUUUUGGUUGUUUUAAAUGAAGACAUUUUAAAAAUGUUAUGAAUUUACCUUUAUAAGGAGCUGCUGCCUUCAGGUUAUGUGGUGUUUUUUUUAAAAAAAAAAGUAAUUUAUACUUGUCUUUUUAUUUAAACUCACGGUUUCACCUGUUUACCGUGCUGGACCAAGGCGGCGGGAGUGAGCUGUUCAGGCUGAGAGUGUCAGUCCCAAUCAUAGCUGAAAAAGGCUGCAAGAAAGAUUUAAAGACUGUUAAAGAAAACCAAACCACUUUACAACACAGAACCCAGAUGUCCCAAAGGAGAACAUGGGAGAUGCACAUUUGGGGAUGACCUUGAUGGAGACAUGGCGACCCUGGUGUGACCGGAGGGGCAGGAGAGGGGAGCGAUGCUGCGAGACCUUGGAAGGAGAGAUCCUUUCCAUCCCGCGGGCGCCGAAAGGUUGAUGGGCACCCCAGGAGGAAUGCCAGCAGCCGAGGACGGACGGACUUUCCCUCGCCCGGUCUGCAGCAGCGGUACACAGCAGAGGCCUUACAAACUCGACACUCAGGUGUUUCUCCAGCUGAUGCAGGGCGUGGAGGAAUAAAAUGAGGAUUAUUAUUAUUUUUCAUUUCACUACAGAAAAUAUUUAUUUUAAACUAAGAAAACGGAGGGGAAAAAAAAGAAAAAAAAACCCUACCCAAACCAUACCAUAGACUCUUUUUAGCCAAAAGGUGUGUUUGCUGGCCUGGGGAGGCGGCGGCUGCCGCUGCCAUGUUUUCUGUGGGUGCCUUUCUGGUUUUCGACUGGGAUGUACUGGCCAUGUGGGGGUCGGGGAAGGGGGGACGCUGCUGUUCUCCUUACUCUCCCUUGCCAUGCCAUGUUUGUGCAUAGCAUUGUAAAGCAAUUUGGAAAGCAGUGUUUGUUAAUAAUAUUGUAAUUUUUAUAUAUAUAUAUAAGGUUCCAGGGAAGAAAGUUCCUUCACUUUAUUUAAUAUUUUGUAAGAAUAUGAAUUUUAAGAGGUGCCUUGCCUGAUUAAAAGGGUUUGGCUCGUUUCCAAACA